AUGGUGAAGGCCGCUUUAGCGGCCUUCGAGGAAGCCGGUGUCUCUCCCAACGACAUCGCUGUGCACGAAAUGCACAAUUAUUUCUGGCCAAUGAGCUCAUCACCAUCUAUGGCUUUGGGCUCUGUGGACCUGGGAAGCCGCACGAGAUGGUGCGGAGCGGCAACAUUACCUAUGGUGGUAGCUGUGUCAUCAACUCAUCCGGUGGCCUCAUUUCGAAGGGGCAUCCUCUGGGCGAGACAAGCCUUGGCCCAGUUUGCAGAGCUGCACAAUCCUGGACUUGGUGGCGCUGUUGUGAUCACCGUCCACAAACGAGCCGAUGCAGCGAAGAACAAGUUUAUCAGUAAUGCAGAAGUUGCGAAAGCAUGA